AUGUCCCUUUUAUCCGUUCUGCAUGACUAUAACAAGACCAAUUACCAACUGAACCCCGUUUUUGUUAGCCAGGAAGAUUAUAACGCUUACUAUGGAGGAAUCAGCAAUGGACUGUUGUGGCCUGCUUUGCAUAAUCUUGCCGAGUACAUAGUGAAGGAAUAUGACGAUCCUGCUGUGAGUUCUGAAGCUUAUGCUUUGCUUUCCUUUCUGGCAUUUCUUUUUGUUGUCAUCUAA